CACCACCACCACCACCACCAUCACCACCGUCACAGUCACCACAAGGGUUACACCCGCGGAGCGAAAGCGAGAGAGCGCUCGAUCCCCGCGCUCGGCCCCCCCCGAACCAAUUUCCACGAUAACGCGCGGCUGUUUAUUUACAACCUGUCGCUCGCAUAUAACCUGUCCAUGGCUCGCGAGAUCCCGCGUAGAGUCCGGCGCGUCACCUGGCACGUCUCUGAGAUCUUUCAUCCGAUGGCACUUGGCAGAACCUUGUGCGCAAUUUAUCAGCGAAAUAGACGCGAUGAGCGUUCGUCGCAAAAUGGAGAUCGAGAUCUCUAAUUUUCUCGGCUUCGUUAUCGCAAAUCGCAACUGUGCACGCGCGCGCUUGUGUACACACACCUAUGCGUAUGAAGCACAGUAGUGAAGUACGGCAGCUGGAGUUGCUAUGCAAGCAAUUGUACGAGUCGCAAGAUUCGGCGCAUCGCGCAGAGGCGGAAAAGGCUUUGGUCGCUUUUCAAAAUGCCCCGGAUACGCUUACAAAGUGCCAGCUUCUUCUGGACCGCGGGGACUCCGCGUAUGCUCAAUUACUGGCCGCUACCACCUUGACGAAGCUAGUGUCACGUUCGGCGCAGGGACAACUCACGACUACACUCAGCUUACAACAGAGGCUCGAUAUACGAAAUUACGUACUCAACUACUUAGCAACGCAACCAAAGUUACCGAAUUUUGUGAUACAGGCUUUGGUUACGCUAUUCGCUAGGAUAUCAAAGCUUGGGUGGUUCGAUUCCGAUAAAGAGGAAUUUAUCUUCAGAAAUGUAGUCAGCGACGUAGCCAAGUUUCUUCAGGGGUCGGUGGAGCAUUGUAUGAUAGGAGUACAGUUGCUCUCUCAAUUGACGUGUGAAAUGAAUCAAAUAUCGGAAGCUGAUGCGAACAGAUCUCUGACAAAGCAUAGAAGAAUAGCAAGUAGCUUUAGAGAUACCCAACUAUUUGAAAUAUUUAGGUUAUCGUGUACCUUACUGAGUACAGCUCGUGAAAAUUGUAAAAGUUUAAAUUUCAACGAUGAAGCGCAGCACGGUUUGAUAAGACAACUGUUAAAGCUUGCACAAAACUGUUUGACAUUUGACUUUAUUGGCACAUCGACCGAUGAGAGUUCGGAUGAUCUUAACACAGUACAAAUUCCGACGAGCUGGAGACCUGCGUUUCUGGAUUUUACUUCGUUGAAACUAUUUUUUGAUUUAUAUCACAGUCUACCUAAUACGUUAUCGUGUUUGGCACUUUCAUGUCUGGUUCAAAUAGCGUCUGUCAGACGGAGUUUAUUCUCUAAUACUGAAAGGGCAAAAUUUCUGACGCACUUAGUCAAUGGUAUUAAGCAUAUACUACAGAAUCCUCAAGGGCUUAGUGAUCCAGGAAACUAUCACGAGUUUUGUAGAUUAUUAUCUCGACUGAAGAGCAAUUUCCAACUUGGCGAGUUGGUCUUGGUGGAGGAUUAUCCCGAAGCAAUACAACUGAUCGCCAAGUUUACAGUGCAGAGCUUACAGAUGUGGCAAUUUGCGCCAAACAGUUUGCACUAUCUUUUGACCCUGUGGCAGAGGAUGGUAUCUUCAAUGCCAUAUGUAAAAGCGGGUGAUCCACACUUAUUGAAUACGUACACCCCGGAAGUUACAAACGCAUACAUCACAUCAAGACUCGAGUCGGUAGCAGUAGUGGUCAGAGAACGCCUAGAGGAUCCGUUGGAUGAUCUAGGAGUGGUUCAUCAUCAAUUAGAACAAAUAUCGGUCAUUGGUAGAUGCGAAUAUCAAAAAACGUGCACCCUGCUAGUCCAACUGUUUGAUCAAGCUGCAAGAACGUAUCAGGAGCUAAUGACGCAAACGGUGUCACCGACGCAACAAAUCGACAUUGCGAUCCAGGAGGGACAACUCACAUGGCUUGUGUAUAUCAUAGGUGGUGUUAUAGGCGGGAGGGUUGCAUUUAAUAGCAAUGAGGAGUUUGACGCUAUGGACGGAGAAUUGGUUUGCAGAGUGCUUCAAUUGAUGAACCUGACCGAUUCGAGACUCGCGCAAGGUGGCUGUGAGAAACUGGAAUUAGCGAUGUUGAGUUUUUUCGAGCAAUUUCGAAAGAUCUACGUCGGCGAUCAAGUUCAAAAGAAUUCUAAAGUGUACAGGAGAUUGUCUGAUGUGUUGGGUCUUAACGACGAGGCGAUGGUACUCAGCAUUUUUAUUCGAAAGAUAAUAACGAAUUUGAAGUACUGGGGCAGGAGCGAACAAAUUAUUUCCAAGACGCUACAACUUCUAAAUGAUUUAUCAGUGGGUUAUAGUUGUGUUCGUAAACUCGUCAAAUUAGAAGAAGUACAAUUUAUGCUCAACAAUCAUACGCGAGAACAUUUUCCAUUUUUGGGAAACAAUGUAGCUGUGACAGAAAUGCGCUGUAGAUCAAUGUUUUACACAUCUCUUGGUAGAUUAUUGAUGGUAGAUUUAGGUGAGGACGAGGAAAGAUUUCACACCUUUAUGUUACCUCUUACAGGUGCAUUGGAGAGCCUUGGUCAAUUAAUGGGUGCUGCAGAUACACCUCUCUUUGCAGCAGAGGAAGCAAAGAAAGCGCUGAUUGGUUUGGCGCGAGACCUUAGAGGCUUAGCUUAUGCAUUCAACACCAAAACAUCCUAUAUGAUGCUUUUUGAUUGGAUAUAUCCUAAUUAUACGCCGAUUUUAUUACACGCUGUGGAGUUGUGGCAUCACGAACCGCAGGUGACAACGCCCGUCCUGAAGUUAUUUGCUGAGUUAGUACAAAAUAGGAGUCAACGAUUACAAUUCGACGCGUCGUCUCCAAACGGGAUCCUGUUGUUUCGUGAGGCCAGCAAAAUAAUAUGUAGCUACGGCAAUCACAUAUUGAACGUUGAAGUACCCAAGGAUCAGAUUUAUCCCUUAAAACUCAAAGGAAUAAGUAUAUGCUUCAGUAUGUUAAAGGCAGCCUUAUGUGGAAGUUAUGUAAAUUUUGGAGUGUUUAGGCUGUACGGUGACGAGGCGUUGGACAAUGCUCUUAAUACAUUUGUCAAAUUGCUUCUUAGUAUUCCACAAAGUGAUCUUUUGCAUUAUCCGAAACUGUCGGCAACAUAUUAUUUGUUACUCGAAUGUCUGGCGCAAGAUCACAUGGUCUUUUUAUCCACUUUGGAACCUAGGGUUUUUCUCUACAUCCUUUCCAGUAUCAGCGAAGGCCUUACAGCACUAGAUACUAUGGUCUGUACUGGUUGCUGUGCAACUCUCGAUCACAUUGUUACAUAUUUGUUUAAACAACUUUAUCAAAAAGGAUAUCCAGGAAGGAAAAAUGCAGUUGUUCCUGGAGGAGGAGAAUUAUUUUUGCAAGUUUUGAAACAGCAUCCUGAAAUACUUCAACAAAUUUUAAGUACUGUUUUAAAUGUGAUAAUGUUUGAAGAUUGUAGAAAUCAAUGGAGCAUGUCUCGCCCUUUGUUAGGUCUCAUAUUGUUAAAUGAAGACUAUUUUAAUCAAUUAAGGGAAAAUAUUAUUAGAAGUCAACCAGUUGACAAGCAAGGAGCGAUGGCCCAAUGGUUUGAAAAUUUAAUGAACGGGAUUGAAAGAAAUUUACUCACAAAAAAUAGAGAUAGGUUUACACAAAAUUUAUCAAUGUUUAGAAGAGACAUAAAUGACGCCCUAAAAGGACCUAAUAUAUCAAAUUCAGUCAAUGAUAUGAUGACUUCGUAGUGAUACUGCUCUCUCUGAAUUAGAUUCUUCUAGGUUCUUGCCUGCCAAAUGCUUGAAUGUGUGUGCGAGUGAAACUCUAAAUUAAUGGUGAAAUUAAAUUUUUGGCUUUAGAUGAGUAUAAAGAUAAUAAAUAUUAUCGUUUUACAUCAACAUUACAACUUGGCUUCCUAUUCUAUCUUUUUAGCUACUCAAUUAGUUACAUUAAUUUUUAUUUUAACGCAAUAACAUUAAAAGAAAAGAAAAUUUGUAUUUUAUUUUUUUUUUUUUUUUAUAUGGUCCUUAUGAGAGAUUUUUAGGCAUUAAUAAUUUUAAUACUUUUCCCCCCCAACACAUGCGCGCGCGCACACCACACGCACGCACGCCCACGUGAUCGAAAUUUUUUUCUUUUCUUUUUUUUAUUACCUUUAUACUCGAACUUUGUUAGCCCCGUCGAACAAUCAGAUUUAAACAAUCUUAUGCACAUAUAUCAAUAUCAAGAAUUGACAAUUAUUAUAUGACAUUUUAUAACCGUACAACAAAUAUAUUAUUCGAAUUUCUUGAAACAAA